GAGGAGAGGAGAGGAGAGGAGAGGAGAGGGAGUUUACAGCUUGUCCAAAGUGCGCUAUCAGCCGCUGAAGUCUGGACAGACGAGCGGUGUGGGGACACAGAUAUAGGGGGGAGAGAGAGAGAGAGAGAGAAGAAAGAGAGAGGGUGGAGGGGGCCGAGGCGGAGGACGGAGCUCCCUAGUCGUAGUCGUCGGUGACGGUGGUACAGAUGGGUGCGACUCUCCUCAGCUGAGCCGGCCACCGAUCCAGCAGCACCAGCGGUCACCCAAUGCUGCCUGAAUCCGGCUGAGCACAGUUGGAUAGCCCGCAUCCUGCGAAUGACACCUGGCUAUUACUGGCACCAUGCUGCCCCGUAACAUGCGAACAGGUGGUUGUGACCUGCCUGGGGUGGAGUCGAGCGAUGUGCCUCUCAUUGGCUACCGGCCCUUACUGCCUGACAGCAUCAUCCCGAGCAACCAAUCCAGGAGGGGGAGCGGCAGCGAUGAACUGGACUCUUCACAGGCAGACCCCUCACCAAUGAAGACUACGUGGUACUGUCCUUUGGAUCUGUCCACUGUGGUGGAGGAGGAGGAGGAUGGAGUGAUCUACACAGUGGUGGUCAAACAGCAGCAUAGUGCCCCCAACAGUCCGAUGUCAGCGAUUUCCCGCUCACAGUGCCUGAAAGCAGGGACAGAAGAGAAGCUGGUGCUCCACCUCCUCCACUCAUUUUCUUUGGGCGACUCCUCCUUCAUUACCAUCUUCCUCUCUACCUAUCGAUCCUUCACCACCACGAAGAGAGUGCUGGACAUCCUCACUGACAGAUUGGAGCACCCGCCUGGGGACGGCGAGAGGAGCCAGACGAGACAAUCUUUCAACAAAGCGGUGUGUACAGUGUUCAGCACGUGGCUCUCUGAGUAUCCCGAAGAUUUUAAUAGUUUGGGGGAGCCCUCUCGCCUGCUGCGCCUAGCUCCGCUCCUCCCCCAGGACUCCUCAUCUGCAGCUGACCUCCGCGCUCGCCUCCUCAGGAUAGCCGAGGAGCUCAGCGAGAAAGCCCUGCUCCCUGACGCCCACAAAGAUCAAACUGGUUUCACCAGCCCUCCUCCUGACGCCUCCAAGUUUGAACCCACCAGCAUACUGGGAUUCCCUGCGGCACUCAUCGCUGAGCAGCUCACCAAGAUAGAGACAGAGCUGUUUGUCCGUUUGGUCCCGUACCACUGCCUCGGUUCGCUGUGGUCCCAGAGGGAUAAGAAAGGGAGGGAAGGCGUUUGUUGGUCGGUCCGGGCCACCAUACGUCAGUUCAACAAGUUGGCCAAUUCAGUUCUAGCAUCCUGCCUGUGGCCGACAAAGCUGCGCACCCAACAGAGAGCUCGACUGCUGGAGAAAUGGAUCAGCGUGGCAGAGGAGUGCCGAGCCAGGAAGAACUUCUCCUCGCUGUAUGCCAUCGUGUCUGCCCUGCAGAGUAACCCCAUCCACCGGCUGAGGAAGACGUGGCAGGACACUGACAGGGAAGCAGUGAGGAGAUACGAGGAGCUGUCAGAAAUAUUCUCAGAUAAGGACAACUACUCACAAAGCAGAGAACUCCUGAAGGAGGAGGGCACCUCAAAGUUUGCCAACCUUGACAACAGACUCAACAACAAACAUCUUAACAGGUCCACCGCCCAGGGCACCGUGCCCUACCUGGGUAUCUUCCUAACAGACCUCACCAUGCUGGACACAGCAGUCAAAGACAGAUUGGAUAAUGGCUACAUCAACUUUGACAAAAGGAGAAGGGAAUUUGAGGUUUUAGCUCAAAUCCGGCUCCUGCAGUCUUCCUGCAAAAACUGUGUUUUCACCGCUGACGAGGCCUUCAUGCAGUGGUAUCAGAGUGUACCUACACUAAGAGAGGAGGAAAGCUAUAGACUGUCCAAUGAAAUUGAAGCACCUGGUGAGCCAAGCCCCCGUGGCCUUACUCCAACAGUCAUCAUCACACAAUGCUCAGACCUGAGUACCUCCCGGACCAGCCUGGUUGGAGACAGUGACAGCCUCUUUGACUUUCCCUCCCCGGUCAAUAAUCUGCUGUCAAAACUCACAAAGCACAUGAGAUCUCCGUCUGUGUCCUGUCUGGAUGUUGACACGUCUCCUCCAACCAAUGAGUCUACCCCGGCCACGUUGACUCCAUCCACUCCCACAAAAUCGCACCGCCGAUCAGCCUCCUGUGGCAACAACCCCCCCAAUAACAUCCAAGGUUCGGGGGCUGACAUGCGUAUCAUCAGGAUACGAAUGGACCUGCAUGACGGCAACCUGUACCGAAGCAUACUGGUUACUAGCAAUGACAAGACCCCCACUGUGAUCAGCUCUGCCUUAGAAAAGCACAAUCAGGACCCAAAACAGGCGUCCAGAUAUGAGCUGAUCCAACUUCUGCCUGAAGGAAAAGAACUGGUCAUCCCUGCUACAGGAAAUGUCUUCUACGCAAUGACGUCAUCUAGUGUUGACUUCCUGUUAAGAAGGAAAGGCGGAAACACUCCUUUGGGGUCACAGCCGAUCAGCACAGAGACGAGCGCCACUUUUCCUCGAAUCAAGGCCAAGGGAAGGAGACUGGUCAGGACUCUAUUUUGACACCAGAUUUUCCUCAACCCAACUUUUUCCACGCAGUUCUGACGUGAAUGCAGUUUGAGCUCUUACAAACAGUAAAUGUGGCCUUCUCUGUGCAAAACAAGAACAUAUGCCUUUCUCCCAUGCUCCUACGAAGCUUGUUCUACCAAAACACCAAGACCAAAUCCUUCUUGUGUUUUAAUCAACAACAACAUUGCAGGUUUUGUCGAACAUUUCAGACCUCCAGCCGCCCUGCUGUGUGUAGAGUGCUGCUGAAGAACAGCGUCACUUUUCCUCUUUUUCCAAACAGUAUGCAUUACUAAUUUAUACCCUGAGGAAGAGCAAUGACAGCCUUUAACUGAGUAAUUUUGGUGCUGGCUCUUGAGUCCCUGUCAGGUAGCACUUGAUGCAUUUUCAUUCUAACUCAAUGAAUAAGAUCUGUUGUAAUUGCCUGUAGUCGCCAGGAAAUCCCUCGUGGUUGUGUGCCUCAGUGACGUUUCCAAAUGUAAGAUUGAAUUGGUCAGAACUUUUUUGGGGGAAGAAGCGUAAUGAAAUCUAAAUAUUAAGAGCCUGUCAGAUCUGGUUCUGGUAAACAGCACAUGAGAAAGACCAAAAGAUACAGUGCAAGUGCAUCAUUGUAGCAAAACACUGGAGACAUAUAUGUUUUGUAUAUAUUUAUAUAUUUUGUAUGUCUGUAUGAUGUCAACAUUGUGUUUACACUGGCAAGGAGCUCUAGGUCCAUGUGUCCGAACUGUCCAGUAAAUAAUUCAUCAAGGAAAAAUCCAUCAAUACCUGCAAAAUUUCCACUUUAAAGACAUUAUUUUAGCUUUGACUCAAGCAGAUAUUCAUUUUACAUACACCUAAAAGCUGCAUUAAUCAAUAUUUUUAUAUUAACAAUAUAAAUAAUGAAUUUAAUCACUAUUCAUAUUGUAAAAGUGGCUGCUUGUAGUGACUAACCUAAAAAUAAUGAUCAACUCUGCAGUUCGAUGGCUUUUUGGCCUAAUUUGUUUGGGUUUCAGGGCCCAUUCAGGGUUCAUUCUCACAGCUGUUAUCAACCCUAUUUCCAGCAGCAGCAAAAAAAAAAAAAACAAACCCAUUGUAGGCCUAUGCUACCUGCCCAACAGAAACUAGCAGACACACUAAGUUAGCGACUUGCUGGUGAAAAAUGUCAAACAUCUAACCAAUAAAAACCUAAUAUUUUUCUAAGAGACCAAACUAGACUCAAAUGAGAGUCAUAUGCACUUAUUUCAUGAGAUGGAUGGAAAUAUAACUAAAGAUAAAUAUUUCUUCCUCAGCUAGAUGUGUAUCUAGGCAGCUUUUCACCAGCAGGUUAGCUGUAACAACUUCAUAAGGCAUUAAAAUGUCAUACAGCUCAAUUUUGAUGUUCUUCUGAUCCCUAGUAGCUAAAAAUUGAUUAUUGCAGCUUUAAAAACACCUUGCAGCACUUUGAAAAAGCUUGUGGCUUUGCUUCAGUUUAUCACUGUAGUACCAAAACCACUGAGGAAGACAGUUAGGAAAAUUCAAACAAUACACCACCAUUUUUAGGUUUAAGGUUUUCCAGGUCUGAACUUUUCAACAGAGCAUAAGCUACACUUAAUUUAUGCAGAUUCUUAACGCAGCUCAGCAGGACGCACCUUCCCUGCUGUUUACCUGCAGUACAAAGCCUUAGCUCCAGUUUCAUGUUAUGAAUUAACAUGUCGACUUCGGUGUAGGUUUAAAACACACAACCUCUUUGAAAAAAAGUCUGGACUUCGAAAAAGUCUUGUGACCUCUGGUUGUACCCGCUCAGUGCUGGUGAGGCCUCCUGAUUGGCUGAGGCACAAUCACAGUGGGACCAGGGAGAGGAUUCUUCAGAUGAUGUGUGCUGGCGUUUUUGCUAUGUUACUGAUUGUUUUAGUGCCUUUCUCUACAGGAUGCUCAUCUUUCCCAUUUUUGCAUUAGAAUGUAUACACAGAGGCAACGCAGUCAUCUCCAGUGCUGUGAAGUCUCACAUCAAAGCUAUUUAUGCACUACAUACAGGAUGUCCUAUUUUUGUGGUAAUAAAUUUACUUUUAUAUGAA